UUUGACGGCGCCCUGCCACGACAGAACACUGCUGUAAAAUACUCUGGGAUAAAGCCUUAGGCUUAAAAGGACGUUGGAUGCUAGAGAAUAAUGGUGUGGUUAUAUUUCCUUGCCCUUUUGGCCAUGGAAUGGGGAUAUACUGUAAAGGGCAUUAACAACGGUCUAAAGGGGAGGAGAGAAGAAUACAGCGGUCGGCUCCUUAACUCUGACGGGGACUUUGAAUUCACGUAUACAACCCCGGAAUUACAGGACAAGACGCUAUGUGUGCCAUCCUACACAGUCACUGUCAGACACGACCACAGAUGCGGAAGAGAGUCACAGUGUGAGGUAAACCAAUGUGACAAUGGUGGAACAUGUGUGAAAAACGGUCAUAAAGAAACCUGUCACUGUAUGGAGGGAUACUCGGGGGAGUUUUGCAGCGAGGGAGGGUCUUCUGUUGGUAACCUGGAGUUCACGCAUCGGCCUCAAGAUCGAAAUGUUAAACGGCAAAAACAGGCGGUCGUCUUGUGUAUGGUGAAACCUCCUGAAAAUGGCGAUAUAGUCGUGUAUUCAUGGUUGUUUAAAGGAGAGCAAAUACCGGAGUACCGAGCAUCAAACGGGUAUGGCGACCGAGGCAACGGCAUUCUAGAGAUUACAAAGUUUAAUGAGCAGAACGAAGGCCAGUAUACUUGCCUAGCACGGGCAGGGAGCCUUACUGCGGAACAUGUUUUCUCCAUGACGAUGGUCAAUGACUGCAACUUGGAGGGUUUCAGGGGACCCAGAAAUGAAGAAGGGAAAGUUGGCAACAUGGUCUUCCUGACAUGCUCUGCCUCCAAUGCUAAAGACGUACUCUGGAGAAAGGACGGCGUGGUCAUAGAUUUUGAAGAAAACACAAGAAUGAAACACCUUUCAAACCAUUACCUCCAAAUCUCCAAUUUGGAAUUGGAAGACGAAGGGGACUACUCCUGUGAAGCUACAUACUACGAAAAUUGUGGAAGCGAGAAGACUGCACAUCUCACGGUCUUUCAAUUUGGAGCACUCAACGAGUACUGUGGCAGAUCUGUACAUGACCAGGCAAGGGAAUCUAGAGCGACAGCCUAUAUUUCAAAAGGAGACGAUGCAUACCCCAAGGAACACCCGUGGCAUGUCACAAUGCUCCAUCUUAAAUCAUAUGGAAGGCUGCAACCUUUUUGUGGAGCAACCGUCAUAUCACAGAACUAUCUCAUCACAGCUGCCAGCUGCAUUGACCUUUUCCCGGGAGGAAAGGAGGCGUUCACGCCCGAAAAUGUUCAGCUUAAUUUUGCCAGUACCCGAUGCUUUACAUCUGAGGUAACCAAGACAUUUAAAAGGUAUAUUAUUCACGAGAACUUCAACAAGACAGCACCCUUUGAUAGCGACGUCGCAUUGAUCGAACUUGAGGAGCCGAUAGAAUAUUCGUCAAACAUUAGACCUGUGUGCCUUGAAGAUGCGACAUACAACAAUCGAAGGUUUUUAGAAGGUAGAAGGAGUAACAUUUCUCCGGGAAAGGUCGUUGGAUGUGGAAGAAUGACAUCAAAUAAAUAUAGAUCAUUGCCAGACAACCUUCAGGAAGUCUAUAUGCCAUAUGCAGCCAAAGCAGACUGUAUUGACAAUCUUUCAUCUGCCGGACGAAACAUUCAACUGACAGACAACAUGUUCUGUGCUGGAAGACUUAGACGCGGCGCGGGUGACGUCUGCCCAGGGGAUACCGGUGGUGGUCUGCUCAUGGAGGCGGUUGGAGAGUUCCGGUGGGUUCUCACAGGCGUCGUGUCGUUCGGACCCGGGGGAUGCAACAAUUGGAACUUCUACAGCGUGUUCACGAACGUUGGCAACUUCUACGAGUGGAUCAAUGACAACACUCAUUUCACAGAGGAGGAAGUGGACACGUCGUUUCUGGACGAGUCAAAGAAAUAAGCACUUUGCCUCGGUUAUCGACAACUUUAGUUUAUAGAUAUAAAUACCAUUGUAUGAUAUGAAAUCUGUACUUUAUCAAGUAAUGUACCUUAGCUCUUUUGUUUCAACUCAAAUGCUUUGAAUGUGAAGUUUGGUGUAGACGUUUACAAGAUAUUAAUGUUAUUGAAUAUUGUGAUCGCACUAUUGUGUAAUCUUUAGGAGUUCCUUAGAAAUUAUUCAAGAGAUUAUGCUGCAUGGUGUUUAUCCCUAUACAAGCGAUAAUUGUUGGAAAUGUUAACUUCCUGAAAAAAAUAAAGAGUUGAAUAUUGCAUCCUUACAUAACUAAGCUUUCAGUCCUUUGAUUUUAUGAAGAUUUUGCUAAUUUAUGUUAUCUUUAAAGCCUUUUUUGGCUAAAACUGUUUUGGCUGACUCGGUGUGUUUUGGCAUGUGACUUCAUUUUACAUUUUCAAAUUAUUUGGAAGGAAAGAUUAGCUAAUACAUGUCGCUUUUAUUUUUAAUAAUAGUGUCUUUAUUUGUUCCCAGUUUUAGUACAAUGAUGCUUUUUAUUAUGAAACUCUAUGACCACACAGUUUUAAACCUUUUAUUUUAUAAGGCAGACUGUGUGUGAUGUUUAUAGUUUUAAACAAUGACUGCAUCGUAUCUUUGAAAAGUUGUUGCAUUAGGUGCUCUGAAUUGUAUUCCUCCGUCUGCAAACAGAGUUGGGAUCUCUAAUCAUAGAAGUACUUGUGGGUUAACUAUAAGUCUAUUAUUAUUUGUUUUAUUGUUAAGUUUCAACAAGUUAAUGCAUACCUUGAUAAAAUUUACCUUUUGCGUUUUAUAUUCAUUUAGGAUUUUUGGGAUAAGAGUGAGGUUUGUGCACUUAAAAUGGUUUAAACCCCCAGUAAAUUUACAUUUUACUGACCGUUCC